AUGAGUUUGACAGCUCCGCUCAGACCCGGCCAGAUGAAUUUCUAUGACGAACCCUACAAUCCAGUGCUCAAUUUGCACCUUUCACAGUCUGUAAAAGAUGAGAGUCGAACCGCCUGGCCUAUCAUCGACGCCGCGUCAAAUGGAAGUAUACGAAUUGCUCGAGCGCACUUUGAGAAAAAUCCGCCCAACAAUUUGCGGAAAUCCAACUUUUUCCACUUUGUCAUUGCCUUGUACGACGUGAACAACGCACCAAUUGAAAUCGAAAGAACUCAGUUUGCCGGUUUUGUUGAAAAAGAGAAAGAAGUGGACGGGCAGGAUACGAGAAAUGGAAUACACUACCGAGUCUCGUUAAUGUUUCAAAAUGGAAUACGUGGUGAACAAGAUUUGUUCGUAAGGCUAAUCGACAGUGUCACUAAGCAAGCUAUCACAUACGAAGGACAAGAUAAAAAUCCGGAGAUGUGCCGAGUACUUCUAACACACGAAGUGAUGUGCAGUCGGUGUUGUGAGAAGAAGAGUUGUGGAAAUCGCAACGAAACACCCAGCGACCCGGUUAUUAUUGACAGAUUCUUCAUGAAAUUCUUCCUCAAAUGCAACCAGAACUGUUUGAAAAACGCUGGCAAUCCACGAGACAUGCGACGCUUCCAGGUUGUCCUCAGUGCCUCCGCUCGUCUUGAUGGUCUCCUCUUGGCAGUUUCUGAUAACAUGUUCGUCCACAAUAACUCGAAACACGGAAGACGGACCAAGCGGACAGAUGCAUCCGAUGAUUCCGAGUAUUCUGAAUCUGCUGAUCUUCCAUCGUCUGUACCAGUCAUGAAAGCAUUAUUCCCAAGUGAAGGAUACGUCGCCGGAGGAACACAAAUCGUCAUUAUCGGCGAGAAUUUCUAUGAAGGGCUCCAAGUAGCGUUCGGUACUACUAGCCCAAACUGGGGAGAGAAUGUUCAACUCAUUUCCCCACACGCUCUUCGAGUGACGACCCCAGCUAAGCAUGCCGCUGGACCAGUAGAAGUCACUCUUCAGGUCAAAGGAAAAUCUUACAGCCGAGGAACACCACUACGCUUUUCCUAUAUCAACAUGGCCGAGCCAGGAAUCGAGUACGGAUUUCAACGUCUCCAAAAACUCCUUCCAAAAUAUCCAGGAGAUCCAGAACGUCUUCCAAGAGAUCAGAUCCUGAAAAGAGCUGCAGAAUUGGCUGAAGCUCUUUACAACAGAACAUCUACGGAGUCAUUGACAAAUUACUACCAUACUCAGUUCGAUUCCAGUACUGAUUAUGCGUCUCGCACGCAUUCUUCACCAAGAUCCGCAUUACCUUAUGGAGCAGGACCACCAGCAAUCUCUUCGGCAGUUUACCAAACAUCGUACCCAUCAGUCAAUACCACACCAGCCGCAAAUUUUUUGAAUACUCAAACUGGUUUCGCAACAUUUGGAGGUGUCAAUCCGUUCGCUGCGACUCUCCAAUCAACGUCUCGUUUGUCAUAA